AUGCACUUUUCCUCCUCUUUGAUGAAAAGCACGUUCUCUUUGAAAGGCCGCACAGCACUCGUGACGGGUGGUGCACGGGGAUGCGGUCUGGCGUUCGCUCAAGGUCUUGCUGAAGCUGGCGCAGACGUCGCCAUUUUUGACGUCAUCGACCCAGUGCAAGGCUUCCACGAUAUAGAGAAAGACUAUGAUGUGAAGACUAAACACUACCAAGUUGAUGUUGGAAGCAUCGAAAGCCUCAACCAGGGGUUUGCAUCCUUUCAAGCAGAUUUUGAAGGAAAGCUAGACAUCUGUGUCCCUUGUGCAGGAAUUAACCGCAAUCUGGCAUUCCUAGAUACUGCAUUUGAGGAGCAUCAAAAACUACUCUCCGUCAACGUCAUGGGAGUUUACCAUACCGCCCAACUUGCUGCAAAGCAGAUGAUACAGAACGGCACUAAGUGUGGCAGUAUCAUUCUUGUGGCUAGCAUAGCAAGCUAUAUGGCCAUUAGAAGCCAGAUGAGUAGUGCUUACUGUGGUACGAAAGGUGCUGUGAGAGCAAUGUGCCCGGCUAUUGCAGCGGAACUCGUUCAAUAUGGUAUUCGUGUUAACACUAUCUCUCCUGGAUAUGUGAGGACAGAAAUGACCGCACCUGUAACUAAGAAUGCCCAGUUUCCUCAUCUUCUGGAAAGCUGGAAAGAUGAGAUCAUGAAUCGUAGAGUUGCCAUGCCCGAAGAUAUUAGAGGCGCUUGUGUCUUCCUUGCGAGUGAUGCAAGUUUAUAUAUGACAGGUCAAGAUCUUUGUGUUGACGGUGGUGUUACAAAGUGGUAG